AAACAACAUCUUUUUAAAAACACUGUUAAAACUUUCAGCAUAUCUGACCACAAUAUGAAAAAUAUCCUUUGGGAAGGCCGUGUAACAUCUUCGUUAAGCGUUGAGGCAGAAUAGCAUGAUCUCUUUCAGGGUCUUUUGGAAAGCGAAAAAACUUACAAGAAUGGCUUCGAAAUGUCACGAGAAGACAACGGCCGCCAUAUUUGUUUGUUUGUCAUCAGAAAAGUCGUUGUUAUGGUUGCAAGACGUCACCACUACUCUACUCCUAUCCCAAUCCCUGUUCAAGAAACAGCUGACUUCAGGGUUGUGACGUUUUACCUGAAACGAUUAAGAAUUUUCUGAAAAAUCCUUAACUGACGACUCAUAAUACAGUCGACUCUCUUUGAAUGACCAUUCUCGUAAGCGACCAUCUCCCUUAAGCGACCACUUUCUCCUGGCCCCGGGAUGGUCGCUUACAGGAGGUCAACUGUAGCUCGAAAGUCCAGGACGUAUUGGGUUUCCUGUGGUGUCCCAAACCAUGAUGCAAUGCGGCAUAAUAACAUUACGUCACAGUGUUUACAAACGAAGCACAACAAUAACAAGACAAAACAAUAUCUCGUGAAAACAUGCUGGAACUUUAAAGACGGCCCGAUUGCCGUGUUUCAGGAGCAAAUUGUGUGAUAAAUAUGUUUUCUAUUAUAAAGAGGCUAGAACAGGCUAAACAAGCUGCCUGUCCAAGAGAACAUCAAGAAUUAGAGCACAUCACUUGCCAGUCUUAACAAAUAUGUAUCAGAUAACCAACCCAGUGCCACCAUAUGCCUGAGCUCUGUCAUUGUUAAAGUACUUUGUUCUCAGAGCAAGAGAUGUUUAGUGAUGGAGAACACAGCUAAAGUUGCUGGUGACAGACUGUCAGACCUGACAUCAAGAGAAGGUGACUGGUUUUUAGAAGAGCUAUGUUCAAUGAGUGGUAAUGUCACACAGCUUCUGUCCCUGCUGAGAGGUCAUCCUCUGGUCAUUGAAGAACAGAAGAGUUCGUCUAAAGAAGAACUAAACAAUUCUAUCAGGGGCAUUUUUGCAGUUCACAAAGUCUUCUCUGCCCUUYAGGAAUYGAUGACAAACUUCAGGAAUAUCAUUGUUCCUGAGGCCAUCAAGAGUUUCACUUCAGGAGAUCCUAGCGUAACUCAUAUGUUAGAGAGCUUAGAGAGACUUGUACAUGGAGAAGAUAUUGCUGCACUGACAAAAACAGUAGAAACUGAGAUGAACARCACACAUGAAUGCCAGGGUGUUAAUUCCUCCAGCAUCAGUUCAAAGAUAUCCAUAUUACAGCAGCAGUUUGAUGCCAUCCAACAGUCAAGGAAUGCAAUCGGGAAGAAGUCAAGUGAACAGAUGUCAGCAGGACAGAUGUUACUGGCAGGUUUUAAUGGACUCUUCACUAAAGUUGAAAGUGAAUUGGAUUUGAUGAAUGCGAUCUUAGCCCAGGUGAACAGCAGUUUUGGGAAUAAAACUUGUGAUGUUGUACAAGAAGCUAAAAAGCUGCAGGAAUCAAACAGGAGUGGAAACAGCCAGCUUUGUAGUAAGCUUUUCUUCCUAAGACGACUUGCAGUUAUGGCAGCAUUUUUCAAAGAUUGUAAAGAACUAGUGGAAAACACUAAAGAAGCUCCCGAAUCCAAAGCUAGAGAAACAGUUGCCGAAGACCAACCACAGUACAACUGGAUAGCUGACAAAUGCUAUAGUGAAGAUGAACUUGCAUUGCACAUCAGGCAGUUCAUCGCAGAGAGUGUACAGAAAAGGAUUCUUGGACUGCCUUCUCAAGCCAUAGGCAUUAUAGUCUAUGAGUAUCUCAAUCUAUUAGAGGAUGGAUCAGACAGUGGUGAUAGCAGUAGGGUACACUCUAUUGAAGAAACCUGCAAGAAGGUGAUUGACAUCAAGAUCAAAAAGGGAAGCUUCCAGCAAAAACAAUUUUCACAGAUGAGUUCUUUGACCAGUGCAUAUGACGUAGCAUGGAGAAAACACGACUUUGCAAGACGUCUGGACCACAAUAUCAGUCUCUACAAGGGUGUGGUUCAAAGAUCUCAGUUACAGCUAGCAAGGUUCCAGUGGUUGUAUGAAGAUGAUCUACUGCGCUGUCCCUUGAGAGACAACAGCAUGAUCAGCCCUGCUAAAGCCAGCAUCAUGAACGACAUGAGAAAGCGAGUUCAGUCUCUUCUUCAACUGGAGCCAGCUGUAAAAGCCAUAGAAGACAAGAUCAUAACUCAACAGUCCAGCAUCGAACAGAGACUCAAGUGGGCAGCAGGAGCUAAUCCAGCCUUGAACCCUGUACUAAAGGAGUUUGACAAGACUGUCAAUGAUAGAAAACAACUGUUACAGUUGGAGGCCAAGCACUCUUCAGACAUCUGCUCACUAUCUAAUGCCCUGAUUCACUUCGAGAUGCUCCGUAGCCAGUCCCAUGAGGUCACAGCUUUGGACAGCACCAUCACUGCUCUUGUCUCCAAAUGCAAGAACAGUUCCUCAGAAUUAGAAAAAUCUCUGGUGAAGCUAAAGGCUGUGAGUGAGAUGACAUCGUUAUUGAACAUCAAAUGUCCGCCUGAAUCACUCUUGGAUGGAUGAAAACUAACCUGGAGUCAGUCAGUCAAGAGAUAUCAUCACAUAAGUCCAGGAAGAUACAGGCUAUCAGUUCUGUCACUACCAAGAGAGAAUCACUCAAGUCCCACACCAAUGCCCUCAAAGCACUGAAAGUAACACAUCAGCAGCUGGUGUCAGAAGUGAAAGCAUUGCUAACCACUAUGGUCAAGGAUGAAGAUGGACAUGAAUCAAGUACUGCUGCUAAGUCGUUCAUCACAUCCUACGACAGGCUGUCAGACGAGAGUGCACAGUUGAUUAAAAGUACUUUAUCCUGUAAGACUCUGAUACCAACCUUGACCUUGUUUACCAUAUCAAACAUGAUGCAUUGUGGUCU